AUGUCUCUUUCGUUAAAGAAACGCGUGAAAUCAACAUCAAGUAUAGCUCCAUCUGAUCAGGAUGAUAACAAUUCAUUAGGUGAAGUUCUUCAUCGUUCAACUAAAACAUCUAAAUCAUCAAAGAAAUCAAAAAAACCUAGUAAAUUUUUCCGUACUGGUCGUCUUUUAAAUCCUGAUAGUGAUUUUGAUAAUAAAUCACGAUCAUCAUCAGUUGAACGUUCAAUUAAUUAUAAAAGUAAAUGUCCAUGUGAUACACAUUAUGAUAAACUAUUAGUUGAACGUGAUUAUAAUUUAAUUGCUGAUAAAUUAUUUGAUUUAAUAUUUGGUAAAAAUGAAUUUGUUCGAACAUAUAGACAAGCUCAACGUAUCUAUGAUGAUACAGCAACUGAAUGGACUCUGAAUGAAGAAACGAAAUGUGAGGAACGAGUACUCACUUAUAAAGUAUCAUAUGAAUCUACAUUUGUUGGAAAAGGAGUUAUUUCAUCACGUGAGAAACAAACAAUUUUACAUAAAGUAGCUGGUUCUCAUCACACAGUUGAAACUGAAGUAUUCAAUGAUGGUGUUAAAUAUAGUGAUACAUUUUCUCUAGCUAUACGUUAUUGUAUUGUACAAACAUCUGCAACAAUUAGUAACUUACGUGUUACUGCCCAAAUUCGUUUUUGUAAAUCGGUUAAUGGUUUCAUAAAACAACUUAUUGAACGAAAUGCAUAUUCAGCAUCACAAGAAAGCAUUAAGGAUUUGAAUAAUCGUCUUCAUCUUAUCAGUAAUUUUAAGGAAAAACGUCGGUUAAGUCGAGGUGAAAUUACAUUGACUGUUCCAUCGCUAACAAACGCAGAUGGUCGUCGUAUGAGUCGACAUGAUGCACUUGGUAUUACACCAUCAAAUCAAUUAAUGAAUUAUGAUGAUAAAACUUAUCGUACAACGUCAAUACUUUCUGAUCCGAAUAAAACCGUAUAUUUGUUCAUUCUUGUAACGGUUUUUCUUUUCUUAAUUCAUUUAUAUUUAUAUUUUAAACUUAAACAUAUGGAUAUUCUUGUCGAUAGUUUAACAAACUUGAUAAAAAUAUCAUCUUCAUCAUCAGCAAAACGUCGUUCAUAG